AUUCACAGCUUUGUAGAAGAAAUUUUCAUUAAUAACGCGGAAGUAGGAAAAAAGUAGAAAGAAUACUUCUGAAACACAUAUGCAAAGUUUACUUAUUUUAUAAUAAUUGGAAAGGAGCCCGACGAACGUACUCCACUAAUGGACGGCCACGUCGGUGCCCAUGGUACCCAUAAUGCUUUAAAUACUUUGCGUACUGAGACUGAAAAUAAGAAACGAAAAAAUCGACAAGAACGUAAUUGUGAUGGGGAGCAAACAGAAGUUGAUGGGGCUGUCCUUAAUGUACCAAAUGUGGUGAUACGUCCAAAUCGUCAGCGGGGUGAUAAUAAUGAUCCCUCGGUUUCUGAAGACCCAGUGAAUGAAGUAGAUGAGGAGGAGCAGGGUUUGAAAUAUGGCGCCCAACAUGUUAUUAAACUUUUCGUACCCGUUUCCCUAUGUAUGCUUGUAGUAGUGGCCACCAUAAAUACUAUCAGUUUUUAUUCAACCAAAGAUGUUUAUUUGCUAUACACACCUUUUCAUGAGCUAUCAGACGAUAAAGGUGAAAAGCUUUGGAAUGCUUUGGCCAACUCUUUGAUUUUAAUGAUUUUUGUAGUCAUUAUGACUAUUUUGUUAAUUGUUCUGUACAAGAAACGUUGCUACAAAGUCAUUCAUGGUUGGCUCAUAUUAUCUUCCUUUAUGCUUUUGUUUAUUUUCAGUUAUUUGUUCCUAGAGGAAUUACUGAGAGCAUAUAACAUACCUAUGGAUUAUCCUACGGCUUUGUUGAUUAUGUGGAAUUUCGGUGUGAUGGGAAUGAUAGCUAUACACUGGCAGAGUCCUUUGAAGCUGCAGCAGGGCUACUUGAUAUUUGUGGCUGCGCUUAUGGCAUUAGUGUUCAUUAAAUAUUUACCGGAAUGGACAACUUGGGCCGUAUUGGCAGUUAUAUCUGUAUGGGAUUUGGUGGCUGUAUUAUGCCCUAAAGGUCCUUUGCGAAUUUUGGUAGAAACUGCGCAGGAGCGUAAUGAGCCAAUUUUUCCUGCUUUAAUUUAUUCAUCUACUAUUUUAUACACAUAUUUGGGCGCUCAUACGCCAACUGAACGUAAUACUGCAACUAACUCUAGUUCAAAUACAACCUCACCGCAUACCUCUUCAUCCUCAGCAUCUAGCCUAAGGCCAGGUAACCACAACCAAAGCGUUGCUAAUGUGAGCGCUGAAGGUAUGCCACUAGUGACAUUUAAUAUGCGCGGAAAUGAAGCGGCUGGAUUCACUGAAGAGUGGUCUACGAAUUUGGAGCAACGGAUCGCUCGUCGCCAAACAGAGGUUCAGGCAAGUUGUCUGCAGAAUCCUAAUCGUUCUUCUGAAUACCGCACAAUCACUACCACAGCGACUGCCACAAAUGUCAGCAGCACAGCUGAAGAGCAGGAAGAACGUGGAAUUAAGCUAGGGUUGGGUGACUUUAUAUUCUAUUCCGUGUUAGUCGGCAAGGCCUCUUCUUAUGGUGAUUGGACUACAACUAUAGCUUGUUUCGUUGCUAUUUUAAUUGGCCUUUGCCUGACUUUGCUCUUGUUAGCCAUAUGGCGUAAGGCUCUGCCAGCUCUACCCAUCUCCAUAACAUUUGGUUUGAUAUUUUGUUUUGCCACCAGCUUCUUAAUGAAUCCGUUUUUAGAGGAAUUAUCCGCCAGACAAGUUUUUAUUUAAUAAUUUUUUUAAAUCAAUAUUAAUGUAUUACUAAGAAAAGCAUAAUAAUGACGUUAGACUAAAGAGGAAACUAAGUUUGGAUAAAAUUAAAACGAC